AUGGCUUCCAAGGCAGAAGGGAAGGGCAUUGGCAUCGACCUUGGUACCACCUACAGUUGCGUGGGCGUCUGGCAAAACGACCGCGUCGAGAUCAUAGCCAACGACCAGGGCAACAGAACCACACCAUCCUAUGUGGCAUUCACCGACACCGAGCGUCUCAUCGGAGAUGCUGCUAAGAACCAGGUUGCCAUGAACCCCCAAAACACCGUGUUCGACGCCAAGCGUCUCAUCGGGCGCCGAUUCUCGGACCCUUCCGUGCAGGCAGACAUGAAGCACUGGCCCUUUAAGGUUGUCCCCGGUCCCGCCGAGAAGCCCAUGAUCGUGGUCAGCUACAAAGGCGAAGAGAAACAGUUCGCGGCGGAGGAGAUUUCGUCUAUGGUGUUGACGAAGAUGAAGGAGAUCGCGGAGGCUUACCUUGGACAGAGCGUGAAGAACGCGGUGAUCACUGUCCCUGCCUACUUCAACGACUCUCAGAGACAAGCGACGAAGGACGCUGGUGCCAUUGCGGGGCUUAAUGUAAUGAGAAUCAUCAACGAGCCAACCGCUGCUGCCAUUGCCUAUGGAUUAGACAAGAAGGGUUCGAGGAGUGGCGAAAAGAAUGUGCUUAUUUUCGACCUUGGGGGUGGAACAUUCGAUGUGUCGCUCCUCACCAUUGAGGAAGGUAUUUUCGAAGUCAAGGCCACUGCUGGGGACACUCAUUUGGGAGGUGAAGAUUUUGACAACAGGCUUGUGAACCACUUUGUGUCUGAGUUCAAGAGGAAACACAAGAAGGAUAUGAGCACCAGUGCGAGAGCUCUUAGGAGAUUAAGGACUGCAUGUGAGAGAGCUAAGAGGACUCUCUCAUCCACUACCCAAACGACUAUCGAGAUUGACUCCCUCUACGAAGGUAUUGACUUCUAUUCCACCAUCACCAGAGCCAGAUUUGAGGAACUCAACAUGGACUUGUUCCGCAAGUGCAUGGAACCUGUUGAGAAGUGUUUGAGGGACUCCAAGAUCGACAAGAGUCACGUUCACGACGUUGUCCUUGUUGGUGGGUCCACCAGGAUUCCGAAAGUGCAACAGCUGUUGCAGGAUUUCUUUAAUGGGAAAGAGCUUUGCAAGAGCAUUAACCCCGAUGAGGCUGUGGCGUACGGUGCUGCAGUGCAGGCUGCUAUUUUGAGCGGCGAAGGGAACGAGAAGGUUCAGGACUUGCUUCUGCUUGAUGUUACUCCUCUUAGCCUCGGCAUUGAAACUGCAGGGGGUGUGAUGACAGUGUUGAUUCCGAGGAACACAACAAUUCCCACCAAGAAGGAGCAAAUUUUCUCCACUUACGCCGACAACCAGCCAGGAGUGCUUAUACAAGUGUAUGAAGGUGAGAGGGCGAGGACCAAAGACAACAACCUGUUGGGAAAGUUUGAACUCGCUGGCAUCCCUCCAGCACCAAGAGGAGUUCCUCAAAUCAAUGUGUGUUUUGACAUUGACGCAAAUGGGAUUUUGAAUGUGUCGGCUGAGGACAAGACCGCAGGGGUGAAGAACAAGAUCACUAUCACGAAUGAUAAGGGAAGGCUGAGCAAAGAGGAGAUUGAGAGAAUGGUGCACGAGGCUGAGAAAUACAAGGCAGAGGAUGAGGAUGUGAAGAAGAAAGUGGAGGCGAAGAACUCGUUGGAGAAUUAUGCUUACAACAUGAGGAAUACUGUGAAGGAUGAGAAGUUUGCAGGAAAACUGAACCCUGCUGAUAAGCAGAAGAUCGAGAAGGCUGUUGAUGAGACGAUUGAAUGGCUUGACAGGAACCAACUGGCUGAAGUGGAGGAAUUUGAGGACAAAUUAAAGGACUUGGAGGGAUUGUGCAACCCAAUUAUCUCAAAGAUGUAUCAAGGGAGUGCUGGAGAUGUGCCAAUGGGUGGUGCAGAUGACAUGCCUAAUGGUGGUGGCUAUGGAAAAUCAUCAACUGGUGCUGGGCCUAAGAUUGAAGAAGUUGACUAA